AUGAAAAUGAGAUCCCAGAGGAAGGAAGGUUCAGAUGUUCAAGACCAGAGCCACUGGGUGAGGAACACAGACGACGAGAUGGAAGUCGUUGCAGACCGUCAUUGGCAGGAAGCUGGAGACGGGGACGCUGGCAGGACUGCACACUCUCUCAGUGUUAUAGUGCGUUGCUUUUUUCCCCAGAACACACUCACUGCAGAUGACCGUUCUCCUGAAGACAGCUUCACCCUGAACCCCGAGGACAGAAGAGAAUACCCUGAUCUCCAGGCUGCCCACCGGCCGUUCCCUAAGCAGCGAUUCAGGCAGGAAAACGGGCAUACGUCCUUGCAAUAAGAUGGACCCAGAUCUUUCCUCCUGGAUCUCCCAAACUUCCCUGACCUGUCAAAAGCAGAUAUUAAUGGGCAGAAUCCCAACAUUCAGGUUACCAUUGAAGUGGUGGAUGGCCCCGACACCGAGACAGACAAGGAUCUGCAGAAAGAGAGCAGCAAGCCUAGCUGGCCGGUCCCGUCACCUGACUGGAGAAACUGGUGGCAGAGGUCCUCCACCUUGACUCGCAUGAGCAGCGGUGACCAGGACUACAAGUAUGACAGCACUACUGAGGACAGCAACUUCCUAAACCCUCUCGGUGGGUGGGAUAGUCAUGUACCCAGUCACCGGACAUUUGAGUCCAAGGAGCAGCCAGAGUAUGAUUAUAUUGACGGUGAGGGAGACUGGAGCCCGUGGUCCCUUUGUAGCGUCACCUGCGGGAGUGGCAAUCAGAAGCGGACGAGGUCCUGCGGGUACGCCUGCACUGCCACCGAGUCACGGACCUGCGACAGGCCCAACUGCCCAGGGAUCGAAGACACCUUCCGGACAGCUGCCACAGAAGUGAGCUUACUUGCAGGAAGUGAAGACUUCAACGCUACCAAACUGUUUGAAGUCGAUACUGAUAGCUGUGAAAGAUGGAUGAGCUGCAAAAGCGAGUUCUUGAAGAAAUAUAUGCACAAAGUGGUCAAUGAUCUUCCCAGCUGCCCAUGCUCCUACCCCAGAGAAGUUGCAUACAGCACUGCUGAAAUCUAUGAUCGAAUUAAGAGGAAAAACUUUCGCUGGAAAGAUGCAAGUGGUCCGAAGGAAAAACUGGAGAUCUAUAAGCCCACUGCACGAUACUGCAUCCGCUCCAUGCUCUCUUUGGAAAGCACAACGCUUGCAGCACAGCACUGCUGCUAUGAUGAUAACAUGCAGCUGAUUACCAGAGGGAAAGGGGCAGGUACACCAAACCUGAUCAGCAUCGAAUUCUCAGCAGAACUCCAUUACAAAGUGGACAUUCUGCCUUGGAUUAUAUGCAAAGGUGACUGGAGCCGAUACAAUGAAGCACGGCCUCCGAACAAUGGGCAGAAGUGUACAGAAAACCCUUCAGACGAAGACUACUACAAGCAAUUUCAAGAAGCAAGGGAAUACUGAGAAGAUUUGCUUCCUCUUCAGACACAAAAUAGCAUUCGUUUCCUGGAUGCCAAAGAACCGAUAACGGCUGCUGCAUUGUCUCCUUGACAGGGGUUGAUCAGUUUCUUUCUAAUGAAUGUAUAUAGUUGUAAUAUAAUACAUAAGUAUUUUU